CGCGACGCUAUGACGUCACUGGUCCGCGUUUUCCCAGCGAUCUGUUCUCGUCAGCGACGCCUAUCGGGGAUGGAGUGACGCGCGGGUUCUUCUACCAAUUCCAAAGCCAGUUCCGGACAAAUUUAAUCAAUUACCCGGGAGAGGACAAAGUUGCGGAGUGAGAAAAGUUGCCGGCGGGUGGUUCGAAGGCGUAACCUUGAGAAGAAGUCAAGGAAGCAUUUCGAGCGGGACCGCGCGAGAAACGCAGAGGAUGCCAAGCGAACGGUGAGACUGUAAAGCGUCGCGAUAAAGUGGAAAAAGCGGAUCGUAGCCGAGACAAAGGACUUUCUCUCGGGAAACAUGGGAAAGAAGAAUAGCAAGCUGAAGCAGGAUACCAUCGAUCGACUCACCAGUGACACGUAUUUUACCGAGAAGGAGAUUCGACAAUGGCACAAAGGAUUCCUGAAAGACUGCCCCGAUGGCUUGCUGACGGAACAGGGUUUCAUAAAGAUCUACAAGCAGUUCUUUCCUCAAGGCGAUCCGUCGAAAUUCGCUACCCUCGUUUUCAGGGUGUUCGACGAAAACAGCGACGGCACGAUAGAAUUCGAGGAGUUCAUAAGGGCGCCCAAAACUGUGAAACGAGUCCAAUGGGCGUUUCGACUGUACGACGUGGAUAACGAUGGUUAUAUCACGAGGGAGGAGAUGUACAAUAUCGUGGACGCGAUGUACGAGAUGGUGGGACAACAGCCCCAGGCGGAAGACGAGAACACGUCGCAGAAGAGGGUGGACAAGAUCUUCGACCAAAUGGACAAAAACCACGACGAUAAGCUAACCCUGGAGGAGUUCCGGGAGGGUAGCAAAGCGGACCCGAGGAUCGUGCAGGCGUUGUCGUUGGGCGGCGAGUAACGGCAAGUCCCGUCGAGACCGGACGUCUCGUCGCCUGGCUCCGGUCGUCGUCGAAACGGAUAGAGAGAGAGAGAAAUCGAACGGAUAAAUAAACGAGGCGAUCGGAAGGUGGCUGGUUCUGUCCGUAAACCACGCAGCCCGGCGUGCACGCAUACGUAGGUAUACACCUCUACAUCACAUACGAAUCAACGAUCCUCCACGACUAUUUUUCUCUCUCUUUCUCUCUCUCGGUCUCCCCGCAGAGAAAGGCGACCGUUUCUUUCUCCUUGCACGAAUCGUUGAGAAAAUUCUGCGAUAGCGUCGAUAGAAACGUAGAAAAAUAUCGAGUAGUGGGUUCGUCGUCAAUUUUAUAGAUCUUCGUAAUCGACCCAACUCUCGCUUCUUUAUGUACGAACGACAACACGGACGAGUGGUGGUCGACGAUUCUUCCUAUUUUUAUGUCCCCUUUCUUCUGAAUUUCCAGGAUCUCCCGAAAUCCGCGCGUGCCUCUUCAAAAAAUCAGUCCGGAGUUUACACUUUAACCAGGUGUCCGGUUAGCGGACCAAGCUCCGCGAAAAAUUCAAAGGAGGGAAAUAUAU